CGAAAAGCGGCUUCAGUGCGCCAGAGCAGCGCGCAAGGUCAAGAUCGUAGCAAUACUCGGCCGCUUUCCGAAACAGUCGACUCGGCUCCAUGCAGAUGUGACAUUGGCUCGAUGAAACAAUUAAAUUAAAAAAUAACAAAAUAGAACGCGCCAAGUAACGUUCGAGCGCGAAUACGUGUUGUUGUUCCAAAUAUAAAUUGGAGCGCGCGAUUUCCCGAGAAAGAAGUGCGAGCGAAAUUGUUUAAAUUUUCACUGUGAUAAGUUUGACGCACCAAAAUUUUAUAUUCCAUCGAAAUUAUUAUCAGUGCAACUAAACAAUUAUUUUCAUUUAAAAUACUGUAAAGCUGAACAUUUAACUAGUGAAAUAAAUCCGCACGUGCAGUUCUAAAUUUAAACGCAAAGCUGAACGCCGCAAGUUUUCACCGCAGGCGCCGUUGUGAGAAAAACAGUUUUCAAGUGAUAUUUGGACGUAAAACUUUACUGUUUAUACCAACAGCGUUUUGUGAUUGAAGAAGAACUUGUUAUCGGGCACUAGUGGAGAAUAUUUCAAAGGGCGCGCGGGUAGUGUGCUGCGGCGCGGGGUGCGGGGCGGCGCUGUGGAGCGAACGGCGUGCGCGCAACAUGCUCGUGAGCAUCAAGGGUUUCUGGAAGGUCUGCCGCUAUGGCGAUCUGUACAUGGUGCUGGCGGCGCUGGCAGCGCAGUCGAUCAACAUCUCGGUGGGGUUCUGCCAGGGCUUCUCAGCAGUGCUGCUGCCCCAGUACACGCACGAGUACCCCAACAUCACGUACGAACAGAGCUCAUGGAUCGCAAGUUUAGGAGUAAUUUCCAACCCCGUGGGAGCUCUCCUCGGCGGUAUGAUGGUGGACGCAGUGGGACGAAAGUUGCUGCUGCAGUCCAUCGUACUGCCAAACCUGAUUGGCUGGCUGAUCAUCGCAUUUUCAGAAACUUACGUCUUUCUGUGCGUUGGGAGAUUCAUCACCGGAUUUACUAUCGGUAUGUCAACAGCCUCCUACAUCUACGUAGCCGAGAUAACAACGCCAGAAAAGCGAGGAGUGCUUAGUGCAUUAGGACCUGGUCUGGUCUCUACGGGCAUAUUCAUCGUCUACUCGCUGGGAGCCUUCAUACACUGGCGACAAGUUGCUGCUAUAUGUGCCGGAGUAUCUUUAUUAACACCGUUCCUGAUGUACUUCGUGCCAGAAUCACCGUUAUGGCUCGCCUCGAAAGGACAGAUGAAAGAAGCCUACAAUGCAAUGGUUUGGCUAAGGCAAAACACCAAUGCGGCGCAACAAGAACUCAUGGAGUUUACGAAAGACAGAAAAAUUGGAGAGACAAUGUCUUUUACGGCCAAACUUGGAAUAUUUAAGCGAAGAAGUGUUUUAAAACCGUUUGUGCUGUUGAUAGUGUUCUUUAUGUUCCAAGAAAUGUCUGGAAUUUACGUCAUAUUGUAUUAUGCUGUGGAUUUCUUUAAGGCUGUUGGUACGAGUGUCAAUGAAUUCACGGCAUCAAUCAUUGUUGGUGGUGUAAGAGUCUUUAUGGGUGCAGUAGGAGCUUGUUUAAUCAACAGUUUUAGACGAAGGACUUUAGCUGCAACGUCAGGACUUCUUUUAGGCGUAGCAAUGCUAGGAGCGGCAAUUUGUGACUCUUUAAAUGGACCACCACUGAUGAAACUGGCGUGUAUCUUGCUCCACGUCUCAUUCAGUAUGGUUGGAUUCUUACAAUUACCCUGGAUAAUGUCAGGGGAACUAUAUCCCCAAGAAAUAAGAGGAGUUAUGUCUGGUACGACAUCUUGUUGUGCUUAUGUCCUGAUCUUCUUUAACAUCAAGACAUAUCCUCAGUUGGAGAAUCUAUUAACCAGUAAUGGUACGUUGUAUCUAUUUGGAGGCUGUGCUUUAUUGGGAGCAGCAUAUUGUCAGUUGUUUCUACCAGAAACCAAAGGGAAAUCUUUAACAGAGAUUAUGAGACAGUUUGAUGACGAGAAAAGAGAUGUUGAUCCUGAAGUAGGAAAUGCUAAAUGUGCUAUAGACAAAAAGCCAGUACAAAGGAGGCAUAGUGCAGGUGCUUCUGUAUCUUUGGAGAAGAAUGGUGAUAUAUUUUCACCAAAAUGGAUACUUAAAGACGAAGAACAGAAAGGUUAGGUUUUGUACCUUGAUUCAAUUUGUUGAUCCAAAGCUUGUAAACGAAAGUUACCAAUAAUUUUGUACAUAUUUUUUAUAUUUAAUGAAAUGUGGUGUUAUGUGAUCAGUAUUAUAGAUUGGAGUGACUUUUUAUUUUUAAUUAAAUUCGAUAAAACAUUCCGUGUUAGAUAGUUUACAAGGUGACGUAUUAAGAAUGUAUUUUUAAGAAUUUUUAUAUUACCGUUUUUUUCACAAAUAAGUACAACUUUGUAACGUAAGUUGAUAUUAAUAAGUAGAUUGAACGAAUGAAAGAAAGAAGAAUGAAUGCAGCACAAGUCGAGCUACAGCAAUUUGGGCUAAAAUUUUGACAUGUCAGUCGAGUUUAUAGUUGGCAGUUUUUCUACAUUUACACUAACAUAAUCAUGAAUACCGAUUGCACAGCUGUUUUUAGCAGUCACUUUGCAGUACUUGUAAACUGCACGAAACA